AUGCUGCCUGCAUUUCUGUUCAGCAUCUACGUUGGCACAUUCUGCUGGAACAACCGUGUAUACAAGUGCGCCAACGGCUCCUUCCGCUGCCACAACGGCGCGUGCGUGUCCAAGACCACGUACCCCUUCCUGCCCGGCCGGUACCACCGCUACGCCUGCCUGAACAACCACGACUUUGCCAAUGGCCCCGACGUGAAGACCUGCGCUCCGGGCACCCAGUGCUGGGGCCACGGCUCCUCCCAGUGGGGCGACAGCCCCUGCCUGAAGAAGAAGCACAGGGGCGUGUGCCCCCUGGGCAAUGGCGGCUGCAUCAACUACAGUCAGUACUGCGAAAAUGGUGAGAUCUACUCUUGCCCCAGCGGCCUGAGGUGCGCCGGACCCGCCAGAUCCCCGCUGUCUGGCGCCGGCCACGUGGUGGCGCCCUGCGUCAAGAAGCUGUGA